AUGGGAAAAGGAUGGGCGAUCGCUCUUCACGGUGGAGCCGGAGACAUUCCCUUGAUGCUACCUCCUGAGAAGAGGAUCCCAAGAGAGGAAGCCCUCCGCCGCUGCCUUGAUCUUGGCAUUGCCGCUCUCAAUGACAACAAGCCCCCACUCGAUGUUGUCGAGCUUGUCGUUCGUGAAUUAGAAAACUGUCCACACUUCAAUGCAGGCAGAGGUUCAGUAUUGACUUAUGCUGGUACAGUUGAAAUGGAAGCAUGCAUUAUGGAUGGUAAAACAAAAAUGUGUGGAGCUGUCUCUGGCCUUUCUACAGUUGUUAAUGCCGUAUCCCUUGCUCGACUUGUGAUGGAGAAAACCCAACAUAUUUACCUAGGAUUUGAUGGUGCCGAGGCUUUUGCAAGGGAACAAGGUGUUGAAACUGUAGAUACAUGUCAUUUCAUAACAUCCGAAAAUGUGGAAAGACUAAGAAGAGCGAAGGAAGCCAACCAAGUGCAGGAGCAUCAAGCAGUAGAAAGACAGCAGCUCUCCACAAGGCAACCUUAGAUCUGGGACUGAAGGAGUUGGC